AAAAACCGUGUAUUUUUUAAUUAAAAAAAAAAAAAAAACCUAAAAACCGACAGUGCCAUGUCCGGAUCCUCCCCCACAAAAUAACCCACAUUAAAAUGACAGUUCUUAAAUGAGGCGCACCAAAAGAACAGUCUCUAUCUCAUCCCCAAAUGUAACAAAUGUGUGAUCAGGUGUAAUAGCAAUCGGAGAAGCUGUUGGCACGUGACAAGGAAUCGUAAAGGAGAAGAUUCAGAUUUAAACAGGCUCUAAGAAACAGGAAUGUUUCUCUUGGACAUGGGAGUAUUACAGUCACUAAGAAAAUGAAGUGGAGAGAAAUUCCUAUCCCUAGGCCUGGAUUAAGCAUCUCUCAUGAAAGUGGAAAUCAUCCAAUGACCUAAAGGGCUUAAGGUGGUCCCAGGUGCCCUGACAAUAAAAGGCGUCCAGAACACAAGACAAAGUACCCGGAGGCAAGAGUGCCUUUCACGUCCAGGAUGUGCGGUGGGGAACCCACAAUUUGGCAUCUGGCUCAUCCAUCAGUUUCUCAUUGGUGGAGUCAUGUGAGCCUGAAAAGCUCAGAGAUCUACCCUUCAGGUCUCCUUCGCUGUCAAAGACAACAUACUUCCGUGUCGACCGGUGGUUUAAGGAUAAGUCCUAGUUCUCCGGGUUUGGUGGGCUAGGUGUCACCUGGCCUGGUGAAAAUACUGCAUCACAUUUUAACGUGGCAGGUCAUGUAUGCCCCUAGGCAUUUCUGCUCUCGGUCCGAGUGUCCUGGGUGGGGACGAUGAGGCAGGCAGGCGCUCCUGUCAGGCGGCUGUGAACAAUCCCUCGCCGGGGACAGUGACAGUCCUAGUCCUGCCAGUGACCCGGCUGGGAACUAAGGCACUCCAGGCGUGUGCAAGCCCUCCCCGGCGCCAACGCUCCUCCCACAGGCCGGCGCGGGUGUAGGCCUAACAGCCAGAAUUCACCCGGCGCCCCCUGCGCGCGCCCCGCCUCGAGCUCGUCCUAUAUGACACGGGCCUGGGUCCCCAAGCCCAGGAAGACCGCUGGGGGCGGUAGGACCGGCGCCCAGGAGCUGCCGCCGCGCCAGAACCCGGAGCCCCGGGAGCCUCACGCCGCCGCCCGCCAUGAACGGCUCCCUGCGGCCGGGCGCCAGCAGCUGGCGACAGGCAGCCACCAUGGUGCUGGCCGCUGGCUGGGCGCGCCCGGGCCCCGCCGCCUCGUCGCCGCCCCCGCCGCCCGCCGAGGGCUUUCGGCUGCUGCUGCUGCAGCGCUCCGAGAGCCAAGGCUUCUUGCCCGGGGCGCACGUCUUCCCGGGGGGCGUGCUGGACAAGGCCGACCACUCGGCCGACUGGCUGCGCCUCUUCGCGCCGCACCACGGGCCGCCGCGUUUCGGCCUGGGCCCCCCACUGUCGCGGCCAGCCUCCUUCCCGGGGCUGCCGGACCCCGCCGACGAGGACGGCGCGGCGCUGCCGAAUGACGUAGCCUCCCGCAUCUGUGCCAUCCGCGAGGCCUUCGAGGAGGCGGGCGUGCUGCUGUUGCGGCCGCGGGACGCCCUGCCCACGGCGGCCGAGGCCGCACGCGCCCUCGCGCCGCCGCCGGGCCUGGACGCCUGGCGCGACCGCGUCCGCCGCGACCCGCGCCACUUCCUGAGCCUGUGUGCGCACCUCGACUGCACGCCCGACAUCUGGGCGCUGCACGACUGGGGCGGCUGGCUCACGCCGUUCACGCGCUCGGGCGGCCGCCGCUUCAACACCGCCUUUUUCCUGUGCUGCCUGCAGGAGCCGCCGCCCGUCUACCCGGACUUGACCGAGGUGGUGAGCUGCCAGUGGUCAUCUCCAUCAGAAACAACUGAGAGUUUCAUAUCGAAAAAAAUUUGGUUAGCACCCCCACAGUUCUACGAAAUAAGAAGGCUUGGAAACUUUGCCUCUCUCUCUGACUUGCACAAAUUUUGUUUGGAUGGUGCAUUGGAAGAGAUGGAAAGAUGGCUGCCGAUCACAUUUUUAACUGCUGAUGCAAUGCUCCAGCUUUUACCAGGAGAUGAACUGUACUUAGAAGAUUCAGACUUUGUAGAGAAUGUUAUGUCCACGGAAAAAAAGACUGAAGAAAUCAUGAAGGAAGGCAAGACAUUUCACCGAAUGGUGUUACACAGCCGCCAUGUGUACAGUGUCCACGUGACUGUCCAGUCAAAGCAUAAACAUGUUUAUCCUAAGACCUACGUAGUAAGUCAGAGCCAUCUAUAGAGGACUGCUUGUUUGUAAGCUGGCUUGCUUGAAGUUGUCCUGCUGAAUACCGGAGGUCGACUGGACUUGCUUGGAGCAUAAGGACCUUUGUACAAUCUAGUACCAAUAGUCUAAUCUGAUAUAGUAUAAUACACAUUUCAAGUGUAAUAUAGUGCUCUCUUGCUUAUUUCAUCCUUUAAACCUCAUGGUAUCACACAAAUGUAAUUAAUUAUUAAUGAUCCUGUUCCCGGAAUGAGGGGGGAAGAAAACCUCACAAGGGUUUCCACUUCUGAAUUAUUAUUUUAUUUACUUACUUUUGAGAGAGAGCCAACAGGGGAGGAGUGGAGAGAGAGAAUCCCAAGCAGGCUCCGUGCUGUCAUCGCAGAGCCUGACAUGGGGCUUGAACUCACAAACCGAAAUCAAGCUACUUAACCAACUGAACCACCCAGGCACCCAUCCACUUCUGUAUUAUUUUAUUAUCAAAAAGUUUAAAUAAGAUGUUCUACUGCCCUUGUCUUUUAACUGUCCACUGCAUUAGCGCUUUCCUUGACGUGCUGAGGAGGUGCAGCCAUGAAUUCCUUAGACUUGCCCGUGAGAUUAGUUGAAGGGUGUCUGAUUACAUGUGAAUAGCACACUGAGAUGACACUCAGGUGAUGUUAUUUUCUUGUUAUGUCUUUAGCUUGAUGAUUAACACACAAAUCUGUUUGAUACAAAAGGCAUUCGUGAUUAGGCCUACCAAAUUGGAAACCUUUUAGUUCCCAUUUUAAAGAAGUAUGAAGCCACAACAAAAACCAUAUUUAUUUUUACUCUGGGGAGCAGUAGCUAAUAAAUACAAAGAGAUUAAAGAGAUGUAGAACUAUUCAUCAUUUAAUGGUGUCUUAUUAAUGAUGCUUAUUUUCAAUGGUUUUUAAUAUGGGUCAUUUUUUCACCUCCUCUUAAGAAGAAUAAUGUUUAUUGAUUAAAGAUGUGAAAUAGUUAAGACACUAAUUCUGUUUCAGAGCUUUGACUAUAUUAUGUAUCAUAUGAUGGACUUUAUUUUUCAUGAAAUGUCUUAUUUUUCCUACCUAUAAAAUAAUGGUAUUGAUCAAUAAGGUAUAUGUGUAUUACUUAA